UUCUUCUUUGUUCUUUUUUUUUUUUUUCUUGAAUCGUCGUCUUACCAUGCGCGCUUCCUUGCUUGGGUUGCUGUUAGGCGGCCUUGCCACGGCGUGGGCUAUCAAUCCUAUUACCAUUAAAGGCCAUAAAAUGUUUGAUGCCAACACUAAAGAGCAAUUUUUCAUCAAAGGUGUUGCGUAUCAGCCGAGAAAUGAAGGCACAGGCAAGAAUGCUGUCGUAGAUCCUUUGGCCGAUGCUGCUGCCUGCCAGAGAGACGCGCCAUUAAUGAAGCAACUGGGUUUGAAUGUGGUGCGCGUGUACGAGGUGGAUCCAAGAAAGAAUCACGAUGCUUGCAUGAAAGCAUUUGCCGAUGCUGGCCUUUACUUGCUUCUCGAUAUUGCUACGCCCAAAUUCUCCAUCAAUCGUAAACUGCCCGAAUACGAUGUACGACUAUUCUCAGCUUACCGAGCUACCAUUGACGCCUUUGCCGGGUAUCCAAACACAUUGGCCUUUAUUGCAGGAAACGAAGUCACCAACGACAAGACCAACACAGAAGCCUCCGCUUUUGUCAAAGCUGUCAUCAGAGACACCAAACAAUACAUUCGUCACACCAAAAAGCGAUACAUUCCCGUUGGUUACGCCAGCAAUGACGAUGAAUUCAUCCGUGAUGCCAUCAAGGAUUAUUUUAAUUGCGGCAACGAAGAUGAACAGACCGACUUUUUUGGUGUCAAUCUUUACGAGUGGUGUGGCAGUUCGUCGUUUGAAAAAUCCGGUUAUGCCGAUCGUACGCGCGAUUUUUCAUCGUACAGCAAACCAGUGUUCUUGACCGAGUACGGAUGCAAUUUGGUCACGCCACGUCCUUUCACUGAAGUGGAAGCGUUGUACAGUUCGCAAAUGACCGAUGUUUGGUCUGGCGGCGUAGUGUAUGAAUGGACGCAAGAAAACAACCGUUACGGCUUGGUGAAAAUCGAUACUAAUACGCAACACGCCGAAGUAUUGGAAGAUUACAACAAUCUCAAGUCGGCAUUGACCAAAGCCAGUCCCAAGGGCGUUCAAAUGGAUGCAUUCAAUGAACAGCGCCAAGCGUCCAGCUGUCCUUCGAAAACAGACAACUGGAAAGCGCCACUCGAACUCCCCCCGACGCCUUCUGAGAAAGCAUGCCAGUGUAUGCGUGAUAACCUCGGCUGUGUCACGUCCGAUAAAGCGUUGAACACAGAUAGCUCCACCAACGGCACCAACGCGAUAGGCAAGCAGAUGGAUGCUUUAUGUGGCACCAUUCCAUGUAAAGAUAUCAGCAGCGAUAUGGAAAAAGGAGCCUACGGUAUCUACUCUUUCUGUGCGCCCCAGGAUAAAUUGAGUUGGCUGUACCAUUUGUACAUCCACAACGACAAAAACGCCAAAUGCGACUUUGACGGCUACGCUCAACUUGCGGCCCCCAAACGCAACGAUCUGUCGAGUUGUCCCACCAUCGCACCCAAUAUGGAGGGUCCCUCUGGCGAAUUUGCCUCGGUCACUUCCCAUUUGACACCAACCCUUUUGGUAUACACAUUACUUGUCGCCAUGCUUUGGCAUUGCCUCUAAUUCCACUCACUCUUUGCAUGAGUUCUAAUUUGUUCGCCCUCUUUUUUUUCCGUUGGCAACUAAUUUUUUCACAUGAAAUUUUCAUACAUUGGUUAUCUUUUUUUUCAGCGCUUGUUAUAAUUAACCAUUUUGGCCGUUUACCAAAUCAUAAUAGAAUAUGCGAUGCGGAUUAGUCGUUUAAAGGACAAGCGAAACGAAAAACAAAAAGGAAAGCAUAGCAUAAGCAAAAAGUCAAGGGAGACACUACAGCACAGAAGGAGACGCAUCGGUCAAAUUGAUGCUGACCAAUAAAGGGUGUGUG